CCUACCAAGCCCCAAGGCCACUCCCGUCGCCAAAUCGACAUCUCGGCCUCUGCCUCCAUCUCCGUCUCCGCCCCCUCCUCCAGCUCCAGCUCCAGUUCCACCAGCAGCGCCAGCUCCUCCGACUGGACCUCCACCCCCAGUGAUGGCGACUACUCGACCUCGGGCUUUGGCUCCAGCACCUCGGCCUAUGGCAGCGGCGACACCUACGUCGGCAACGUCGGCAACCCCUGGGGAAGCAACAUGGUCGAGGUGUCUGCCUCCGAGGCCUCCAACUACAAGUACGUCAUGCAGGUGACCGGCCAGAACACUGAGGACUGGACCGUUGUCUUCUGGAACAAGUACGGCCCCGACGGCAAGAUGGACGGCUGGUACGGAUACUCUGCUCUCUCGUUCACCCUGUCCCCUGGUGACACCAAGUACGUUGCCUUUGAUGAGGACACCCAGGGUGGAUUUGGCGCUGCUCAGGGCUCUUCCCUCCCCACUGGUAGCAGCGGCGGGUAUGCUUGCACCUGGGGUGAAUUCGACUUCGGAUCCACGGCCAAUAACGACUGGUCUGGAUUUGAUGUCAGUGCUAUCCAGGCUCAGGAUAAUGAUAUGAGCGUCCAGGGCAUGCAGAUCUGUGAUGCGCUGGGCUCAACUUGCUCCAGUAUGACGGCUGAUGCUGCCGAGGUUGAUAAUGCUUAUACUUCUGCUGAGACGGACGAGGGUGGUAUUGGUGGAAACCUUUCUGCUGGGCCUGUUAGAUUGGCUGUUGUUAUUGACUACAGUGGUUGAUAGGUUUAUAGACUAGAAAUGGAGUGAUG